GUACCCUACCUCAUCUCGGACCAGACGGCCGAAAACUCGCGCGGCGCUUUCUCCUCGUAGUCGCUGCAGUCGGCGCCCGCUCGCAGCAGCGCAGGCCAGCUCGCGCCAGGCGUGCAUCUUCUCUGGCGGAAUUUCAUCGAAUUGGCAUCGCCUGCGCCCACCUCCGUUUCCACCGCCUCCGCGUCUCCGCGCUCGUAUUUGCCCAUCUUUCGCGGUGGGCUACUCGCUCCGUCGCUCAUCAAUCUCGACAUCCUCUUCUAUUCUCGCACUCUUGUCGAGACUUCACCAACCUCUACGGAAUCUACGUCGUCUUUGGCACAUGCGGCCUGGAGUCGAUAACCCAAAAAGAAAGAAAACGUUUUUUAAAUUUGCCGCCGUAUCCCGACCUAACCUUGACCUGCCCGCGCGCCUAGAACUGCGACUUAUUGUUGUGAUUCCGACCGUGCGUAUAUAGGUAUAUUAUAGGCACAGCUAUAUAAUACUAUCACAGUAUGGAGUCCAGCUCCUACAGGCAGCUCAAGCUCAACACGUGCUGAAGAUAUUACGCUCGGCUCUCGUCACGAGUUGUUUUCUAUAUUAAAGCCGAAUUGUAUUUGUCAUUGUAUUUGUAUUUGCAUUAGAACGAAAACUAUCUAUUGACCGAGCUCAAGAUGCCGAAAUCAAAGAGAGAUAAGAAAAUUUCGCUCACGAAAACUAGCAAGAAGGGUUUGGAACUUAAGCAACAAAUUGUCCAGGACGUUCGAACUUGCGCCGAAAAAUACAAAAACAUUAUUUUGUUUUCUGUUGAAAAUAUGCGCAACAACAAAUUAAAGGACCUCAGGGUUGAGUGGAGAGGCAGUCGAUUUUUCUUUGGUAAAAACAAGAUCGUUGCUCUUGCUCUAGGAACAACCAAAGAAUCAGAAAUUGCAGAAGGUAUUCAUAUACUCUCCUCCAAUCUGCAAGGACAAUGUGGAUUAUUUUUCACAAACGAAAAGAAAAAAAAGGUUCUCCAAUGGAUGAGAGAGUAUGGGGAAGACGAUUAUGCUCGCUCAGGUUUCGUCACUUCUGAAACCAUUGAAUUACCUGCUGGACCCCUACCGGAUUUCUCACACAGCAUAGAGCCUCACUUAAGGCAGCUGGGUAUGCCUACCUCUCUACAAAAAGGAGUAGUCACUCUUUUGAAAGACUACACAGUAUGCACAGAAGGACAAACUCUGACCCCGGAACAAGCAAGGAUACUUAAACUCUUGGGUAGACCUCUUGCUACUUUCAAGUUGACUCCUCUUGGAAUUUAUACGAAAAAAUCUGGCUACGCACAGCUUGCUGAUCAACUUGUACAAAGUAGCGGGAAAGAAAAUUUGGAACAAGACAUGGAAGAGUAGCUAAAUUAUUUCGCUGGAAAAUUUUGUACAAAGUAUUGUCUUUGAUAAGAUAUAGGUAUGAGAUGAUUAUAUGGACAAGUGCAGAAGUUGAAACAUUAGUGCAGAAAAAUAAAAUGACAAACUGUAUAGGAACUGAAGUGUUUUUAUUUAUAUUAUAAAAAAAAGUUGAUAUUUGUAAAAAAAAACAAAAAAAAAAAAAAAGAAAUAGUACAACUUACAUAACAUGAAAUUUAAUUUGCACUUUUUCCAAAUCGAAAACGAUCAACGUUUU